AUGGGCCGUAUGCACAAUCCAGGAAAGGGUAAUUCCCGCUCAUCUCUUCCAUACCGUCGUUCUGUUCCAUCAUGGAUGAAACUUACCUCUGAAGAGGUUCAAGAACACAUCGUCAAAUUAGCCAGAAAGGGUCUUCGCCCAUCACAAAUUGGUGUUGUUCUUCGUGACUCUCAUGGAGUUGCCCAAGUUCGCCGUAUCACCGGAAACAAAAUCGUUCGUAUCUUGAAAGCUAAAGGUAUGGCUUCAGAGUUACCAGAAGAUCUCUACCAUUUGAUCAAGAAGGCUGUUAACAUCAGAAAACAUUUAGAAAGACAACGUAAAGAUGUUGACUCAAAAUACAGACUUAUUCUUGUAGAAUCUAGAAUUCAUCGUCUUGCUAGAUACUACAAGACCUCCAAACAACUCCCACCAACUUGGAAAUACGACUCUAGUACUGCUUCUGCUCUUGUUUCAUAA